AUGGUUUACGGUUUGGGAUCUAAUUGUUGGGGAUCUCUUGGUUUGGGACACAAUCUAUACAUCAAUGAAAUCCAAGUGAUCGACAGAUUGUGUCACAAGAAUAUCACACAAUUCUUCAAUGGAUGCGACUUUGUGUUAGCCCUCACUCAACAUAAUUGUCUCUAUGGUUGGGGUAAUAAUAAUAAGGGGCACAUUUAUUGUUGUGUUUACUCUUCAUUUGCCAUCACAUCGGAGGGGCAGGUGUUUAGUUGGGGUCGAAAUGCUUGGUAUAAUUUGGGACACAAUUCAUCGGAUAAUAUAUGGAAACCACAACUCAUUGCAGACAUGACUGGUGUUUUCGAAGUGAAUCAAUACAAGCGUGAAUAUAAAGAGUUGCAUUCAUUAGGUUCGGGAGCUUUUGGGGAAGUGCUGACAAUUUUCGGGAAUUUGUGUUCACAUAGUCUGCAUAAUAUCCUUCAACCCAAACCACAAGUAUUUGAUCGACAACCGGAAGAACCGAUGAAUUCAAUCGAGUUUUACAUUUCGUGUCAUAUAUUCAAAGAGAUCUUAGAAUGCGUUCAAUAUUUACAUGAAUUGAAUCCUCCGGUCAUUCAUAGGGACCUUCACUCGGGAAAUAUAUUACUGGCCAGAAAUGUAAGGAAUGGCAGGUUUUUCAAAGUGGCUGACUUUGGGUCGGCUACUAUUCGCAAAUCUAUAUCAACCGUAAGUAACCCGACCCGUGAGGCACCGGAAGUACGUAGGGGUGAGUCAACUGACCCCAAGAGUGAUGUCUACAGUCUGGCCGUAACUACAGAAGAGAUAUUUAGCUUUGAUUUGGACGAUAUUAUGCGGUCAGUCAUACAAAGUAGUUCACAGAAACAUAACUGUCAGACCCUCAUGUAG